UCGAAGCUAACACUGACCCAAAUUGUUAGAUUACCUCACUGUUCCAGCGAGGCGCUUUCAACUGUUCAAUAAAAUUAAAGUAAGGGUUCAAAGUAGAUAUCAUGAGGGUAACAUUUAAAGUUAAGUUUGCUCGAAUUAUCUACACAACUAUUUCUUUACUCUACUAAAAAAGCAAACCCUGCCAUCUUCUGGUGAAAUGCUGGCAACAACAAUAACACAACACGCGACUGUUGAACACUUUAUAUUGCAUGAAAACCAACAUAAGACGACACCACUGAAGCAAGCCGUGUUGUUGAGUCUGUAACUAAACACGGGGCAACAGGCUUUAAUAGUACUUUGUGAACACCUUUAGGGACAUAACACAUGUAUCUGAGGCUUGAUAUCACCCAGCCUGUGCAGUGCCAUGGCUCAGAGGUGCUCAAACCAAGCCGUGAGCUCGCACAUAAGAGCAGUUUGACCGAUUUACACAUCGCGUGCGAACUAACCGCUUCUCGUGACAGCGGGACAGAUGCUUCUCAGGCAAAUGCUGCCUUCACUGCAGGAAGUGUAACGAAGCAGCACGGCGCAUGCUCUUCAGCCUCUCCUACAAGCGGAGGAUGAAUUAUCUCCUGCUGUAAAACGCUCGGUGGGGAGGGGUGAUGGCGGGUGCUGAGGUCACUGUGUCUUCAGGGGAUCUCAUGAUGCUGAAGGAAGAGGAAGGAGAGGCCAGUGGCAGCGACCAUAAGACUCAAGUCAUCCUGCACCUGCAACCCAUCCUGCAAGGGGUAAACGAUGACAUUGCUGACACUGGCACUACAGUCUUGGCCAUAGAGACACAUCAUGAAGACAGUAAAGCAGAAGGAGAGGAGAUCGAGUACGGCUACCCCAUCACCUGCGGAGACAGCCGAGCUGUUCUACUUUUUAAAAAGUUUGUGUGCCCUGGAAUCAACGUGAGAUGUGUCAAAUUCAAUGAACAGCUCAUCAGUCCUAAGCAGUUUGUACACCUGGCUGGAAAAGCCACUCUGAAGGACUGGAAAAGGGCCAUCAGACUUGGAGGGGUAAUGCUCAGGAAAAUGAUGGACUCCGGCCAGAUAGAUUUCUACCAGCAUGACACUGUGUGCAGCAACACCUGCCGCAGCACUAAAUUCGAUGUGCUGAUCAACAGUACGCGGCUUCCUCCUGGGACCUCAGUGCAGCCGGGCCCGUCGUGUCUGCCUCUCGACCCUCUUGGAGGACAGGUGCCUCCCCUGACAGGGGAGGUUGUGCAUGAUGCAGCAGAGGUAGAGGAACCUUUAGAGGAGAAGUUCAGCGCAGCAGCAGAGUGGAGUCCUGGUCGAGCUCGACCUGUAAAUCCCACAACAGCUAAUGGACAUGCUGCAAAGAGAAAGAGAGCUGACACGCCUGAUGGAGUACUGAGCUUGUGGCAGGGUGUGGCAGACUCUGGGCUGAUGAGGGAAGUCCUGUCCAGCCUCCAGACUGAAUUAUUGGCCACUCUGAAAGGAGUGGAAGCCCGCAGUGAGAAGGCCAACCUUCAGGAGACAGAUGCUGUUAUCCUUAAUUCCCUGUGCAAGAUGUUUGGACUUUUAGACUCAGUGAAGCAAGCUUUGAACCUGAAGCGCAGCCAGGAUGAGGAGAACAAAAUGCAUCACAAUGUUUAUGUGUUAGAUGACAUCUUGGAGGACCAGAGGAAGCAGAGUUAUGAUAAAUGCUCCUACAAAAUUCACUCCUUGAAACACUUACGACAGCAACGUCACAACCUGCCAAACAGCCAAACGCACAACCUGCUGUCCCCUGUCAAAACCAGCCCAGGAAUCCAGCCUCCAGCUUCUGCUUUAUCGGCUGCAUCAUACGCUCAGCUCAACAUCAACCCUCACAUCUUCACCCACUCCUCUACCUCCACCAGCCGGGGUUAUCAUGCAGGAGCUGGCAGGACGGACAGGGGUGGCCAUGGUGCCAGACUGGAGAGGGAGCAGGAGCUGGGGGAAAUGGCAAACCGCGAGAGGUUUCACACGAGGGGACGGGAGGAGACCUCCGGGAUCCACAAAGAGCCUGGACAGAGGACUAUUAAACUUCAAGCAGAGGAAGGAGAAGAGACGGCGGGGUUGCAUGAGAUUGAAAAGGUGGUAAUAGGAGGAAAGGUAUCAAAGAAACAUAAAAGUAAGUAAAGAUCAUGACCUCAAAGGGAAGCUGACUAAGGAAGGGAAUGUGCCUGGAGCGAGGAGACUAGGAGGGGGAGGAGAUUAAAAGAACAGCGUAACUGUCACAAUCUGUACUCUCUGUCUCGCAUAUUCAUACACUUUUAUAACAGAUUCAUUGUUUAACUCAUUUUUUAAAAUCAAAAAUGCAAAAAUAAAAAUCACUGUCUCGAGCUUC